AUGCAUUGCAGCAAGGCAGUAUGUGCCGAACACAGGGAUAAUCUACUUUGCUGUCGAUGGCCAUCUAAUCUAGAAAAGGUACUUUUUUUCCGACUUGCUAGGCAUACAACUGUUUAUUUCUUUAUAUCUCUCUCCGUUUCAGUGUUACUUCCUGAAUCUCUGUCUGCUAUUGUUGGUCUCUUAGUGUGUUCGUCCUUUUAUAUGCACACCAAUCUCUCUCACUUUCUCUCUCUCUCUCUCUCUCUCUCUCUCUCUCUCUCUGAUUUGGUUUUCUUUCCGACUCUCUGUUAUUGGUUGAUUCUUGGUGCGUUCGUCACUUUAUAUUCAUCCAAGUGUUUAUAUCUAUCUAUCUAUCUAUAUAUCUAUCUAUCUAUCUAUCUAUCUAUCUAUCUAUCUAUCUCAGUGAAUUAUCUAUCUAUCUAUCUAUCUAUCUAUCUAUCUAUCUAUCUAUCUAUCUAUCUCAGUGAAUUAUCUAUCUAUCUAUCUAUCUAUCUAUCUAUCUAUCUAUCUAUCUCAGUGAAUUAUCUAUCUAUCUAUCUAUCUAUCUAUCUAUCUAUCUAUCUAUCUAUCUCAGUGAAUUAUCUAUCUAUCUAUCUAUCUAUCUAUCAUCUAUCUAUCUCAGUGAAUCUAUCUAUCUAUCUAUCUAUCUAUCUAUCUAUCUAUCUAUCUAUCUAUCUCAGUGAAUUAUCUAUCUAUCUAUCUAUCUAUCUAUCUAUCUAUCUAUCUAUCUAUCUCAGUGAAUCAUCUAUCUAUCUAUCUAUCUGUAAUUUCUAUCUUUCUGUAAUUUCUAUCGUUGAUUUCAAAUUUAUUUAUUUCUUUUUCUCUCUCUCUUUCUUUCUUUCAUCUAUCUCUGAUUUGGUCCUAUCACCUUCUCCUAUUUUUUAUCCCCUCUCUCUCUCUCUCUCUCUCUCUCUGAUUUGGUUCUCCCUCUCCCUCUUUUCUGUCUCUCUCCCCAUCUGA